AUGCAAUGGAAUGAUUAUCGGCUAAUAUGGGAUCCGAAAAAAUGGAAUAAUAUUCGAAAACUUCAUGUUCCAUCUGAUCAGAUAUGGAUUCCGGAUAUUAUAUUGUAUAACAACGCAGAUGGUGAACCACAUAUAACAAUUACAAGUGAUGCCUUAGUUUACUAUACCGGCGCUAUAGUUUGGAAACCUCCAAGCAUUUAUAAAUCAUUCUGUCCCAUUGAUAUCGAAUAUUUUCCAUAUGAUAAGCAAUCAUGUUCAAUGAAAUUUGGUGGUUGGUCUUAUAAUGGUUUUCAAAUUGAUGUUCGUCAAUUACCGAUUAAUCCGACGGAUAAUAUCGAAACACUGUACGAUGAAAAUGGAAAGGAAUAUCAAUUUCUGGAACAAGGAAUGGACUUGUCGUCGUAUUAUCCAAGUCGUGAAUGGGACUUGAUAAGUUUAACAAGUCGUCGAUAUGAACGCUUAUAUCCUGGUUGUUGUGGACAAGAAUUCUACAUUGAUAUUACCUUCAAUUUAUCAAUUCGUCGUAAAACACUUUUUUACACUGUCAACUUAGUUAUUCCAUGCAUGCUAAUAGCAAUUUUGACAACGUUCGUUUUCUAUAUUCCGGGUAUUGAACAUAAAGUAUCAUUUUCGAUAGCAGUAUUAGUUACUUUAACUGUAUUUUAUUUGGUUCUUAUUGAUCUCAUUCCGCCAACAUCAAUGGUUAUACCAUUAAUUGGAAAAUAUCUAUUAUUUACAAUGUUUCUUGUUUCGGCAUCAAUUUUCUUAUCCGUAGUUACUGUUAGCUACUAUCGUCGUGCUGGUACCACUCAUCCAAUGUCAAAAUGGAUGCGUCAUGUAUUUUUGAAAACAUUACCCAAGUAUUUAUUCAUUAAGCCACCGGAAGAUGAUGGUUCCGAGGAAAGCAGCAAUAAAUCAUCGGGUCAAUCAGAUUUACUGUCAAGUUUAACAUCUCGUCGAACAAGUCCGUGUUUCCUAUCGAUUACCAAUCUAGCUGAUGGUCAAAUGCGAUUGUCUCGAUUGGCACAACUUCGUGGAAUGCAUCCGGAUUUAAUUCGUCGUAUGAUCGAUAAUGUAUCUUUUAUUGCUGAUCAUUUUCGAGCCAUGAAAAAAGAUAAUCAGGUAUCAGAAGAUUGGAGCUACAUAUCAAUGGUACUGGAUCGAUUGAUGCUGAUGAUUUUCAGUGUAAUCAACGUACUUGGCACUUUGAUUAUUCUUCUUCAAUCACCUGUACUUUAUGAUAGUCGACCACCGAUGACCAUCAAUCCAGCUAGUAAACCAUUGAGCGGCGAUACACUUGAAUUAUUCGCUAACAAUUCAUAUGUACAAUAA